AACUUAUUUACAGAAAAUACUCCGACCAAAGGUUCCGUCACCGUCACCGUCACCGUCACCGUAAAACAUCUUAUCAGUUCCUAUUUCGAACACUCUUCGAAAACGAUGAACCGUUCAGCCGCCACGUUGUUCAUCAUCGUCGCUACGUUGUGUUUCGUUUUAGAAUUCGAAGCAAAAACAAUCGACCCCUAUAAGGUUCUUGGGGUUGAUAAAACUGCAAGUCAACGAGAAAUUCAGAAGGCUUUUCACAAACUCUCUCUUCAAUAUCACCCUGACAAGAACAAGGCCAAAGGUGCACAAGAGAAGUUUGCUCAGAUAAAUAAUGCGUACGAGAUUUUAUCUGAUGAACAAAAGAGGAAGAAUUAUGACUUAUAUGGAGAUGAGAAAGGAAAUCCUGGAUUUGAAGCUGGCCACCCUGGAGGUAGCGGCUUUAACUUCAGACCAGGCGAACAAUGGAGUAGCGGUGGCCAGGGAGGCUCUAAGUCAUUCUCCUUUUCCUUUGGCGGCGGCUCUGGUGAUUCAAAUUCUUUUGGAUUUGGUUUGGAUGAUCUUCUUGGCAACUUUUUUGGUGAUUUUGGCAGUUCAUUUAGGUCUCAAUCUGGGCCCAAGAGUUCCCCCAAAAGUUUUAAAGCCAUAAAUUCAAAUAUCUACAAGAAAGAAAUUGUUGAUGAAGGAAUGACUUGGCUUUUGUUAUCUUAUACACCCUCAUUGAGGGGCGUCCAACAGUUUGAGUCCACUAUAGGGGAGGUUUCCAGUACAUUGCAAGGAGCUUUGAAGGUUGGAAGCAUAAACUGUGAAAAGGAAGUCUCAUUAUGUAAGGAGCUUGGUAUAUAUCCUCGCAAAGCUCCAAGGAUUUUUGUCUAUUCUUACAAGGAGAAUGAAAAGGGUUCUCUGGUGGAGUACGGUGGUAACUUGGCUGUUAAGGAUUUGAAGGCUUUCUGUCAACAACACUUGCCAGGAUUUUCAAAACGGAUUGACUUGAAUCAACUUGAUCAAUUUAGCACUACUGGAAAGUUGCCUAGGGUGCUGCUUCUCUCUUCCAAAAAGAACACUCCUGUAAUUUGGCGUGUUCUUAGUGGCUUGUAUCGUAAACGCAUUACUUUCGGUGAUGUAGAGGUUCAUGAUUCUGAUUUGAGAGUGGAAAAACUAGGAGUUGAUGCACUUCCAGCUAUUGUAGGUUGGCUACCUAAUGGAGAAAAGACUAUUCUGAAAACAGGGGUUUCUGUGAAAGAUGUAAAAUCUGGUGUACAAGAUCUUAGUAACAUACUUGAUAGUUUUGAGAAAGUAAGUAAAAAGGAAACAUCAAGUCAGUCCAAGAAAGCACAAACUGAUUCAGAAGACGGAUACAUUCAGUUGCUUUCUCGGUCAAACUUCGAGGAUCUCUGUGGGGCAAAAACUCCAGUUUGCAUAAUUGGUGCCUUUAGAUCUUUGAAAGCAAGGGAAGAGCUAGAAUAUAUUCUCUCUUUGGUCUCACAUAUGUCAUUGUCAAGAAAACCAAAUGGAGGCGGCAGCUCUAGGGACUCCAUUUCCUAUGCUCUCUUAGACUCUGCACAGCAACAAUCCUUUCUAAACGCAUUUGACAAAAUGGGUUAUAAAUCAUCAGAUAAGUUGUUGAUUGCCUACAAACCUCGGAAAGGGAAAUUCGCUGUAUUUAUGGGUGAUAUGAGAAUAGAGAAGGUAGAGAAUUUUAUCGGCUCCGUUCUAAGCGGAGAUAUACCCUUUAGGGAAACACAUAAGAAGCCUGUACUAAAAUAGAGGCAUUAGGGUAUAUUAGGGAGCACUGUUUUGCAGUAUAAAUAUAAGAGAUAGAAUCAGAUCAGUUUCAAUACCGGCAAGAGUACAUAUGAUGCACAAAAGAGACAAGUCUAAAAUUUAAAAUAUCUUAAAUAGUCGCCGAGUCCAAUGGUACGAGAUUGACAGGAAAUUUUGGCAAUGACAUAUUUCAAAGAUGUUGGUUUUUGGUUGAUAUGCAUUUCUGUUGUAGUUUAUCAUAUUAUAAGCUUGUGAGGUCUCAUUUCACAUGAAUUAAUUGGUAGUGUACAGUAAUAUUGUUUUAAGUGCUAUCAUCUUGAACACGAGAACUUGAUAUUGUUUUUGUUUA